GGGCAGGUGCAGUGACUUCCUGGACCUGGAUUUCUCUGUGCUAAGCUCAGCUAACCAGUAUAUUUGCCCCACAUGCCAAAUAUAUGGCAAAAAAUUAUGUGGCUUGAUUAGCUAACAACUCCCAUCAAAUAAAAACUACAUUUGACCAUUAGCUUGCAGCUCGUAGCAAACUCAGCAGGUGGUGUGAGUUUGCUCUAACUUCGUAAACGUAAAGUUCCGGUCCUUGAUUGUGAUUGGCUGAGCCGGGUUUGAACCCAUUGUAAAGCUUACUCAAAACGCACACUUGUGACCACCUGUCGCUUCACUGGAGAAAUACCUCUCGUUACCGCCGCCUGUUCCACCGCCUUUUAUCUCCACCCAAAGCGGAAGAACUACAUCAUCUAUCUAUGGGAUCACUGGAUUUCACCUGAACCCGAGACAGGAGAGGACCGAUUGUCCUUGUGAGUUUUCACAGAGUAGAUGCACACCAACAGAGAAAUGGCCAUACCCAGGAUGUUAAACUCCAACACACCAUUUGUCAUUGUCACCGGAGGAUCUGAACUCUCGUUUCCUGGCAAAGAGGACAACAGCCAAGGCUGUGAGGAGGAAAAAGACUCACUGGUCCAAGCCAUUGCUCCCCAUCUGAGUCGGGUGAUGCAGCAUGGCACUGCCAAACAUGUGGUCACAGAGGGGCCUGAGGUGUCCGAGGAGAAUGCCUGUGUCUCCAUAGUCGCACAGGCUGAGAGAGAAGACUUCCAGGAGUUCAGUCCUACCAGCACACAGUGCCCCUACCCAAGACCUCAGCUGCUCAAAAAACUCAGGUCUCUUGGUAAGGAAUCUCCCCUCAUGAGUGACACAGAGGAUGAGGACUUUGACGUCGCCACCAAACUCCCGUGCUACCACCUGCAGAGAAAACAGCGCAGGAAAACCAAAACGAGACAGAGCCAGGAGGAAGGGGAAGAACCUCCCAUUAUCCGCGGCCUGUGGGUGCAGGAGAUCGACUGGUUGAAAUCAGCAGAUGCAGAGACGACGUCAUCCGCUGAGAUCAUCCCGCCUCCUCCUCAGUUUACUGACUCAGUCUCGUGCUCCUGCAGCCAUGGAGACCUGCACUCCUACAGAUCUGAUGAAGGCUGCAGCUCUGCAGAUGUAUGUGACUGUGUCAGAGAAUUUAGAGGAUGUGUCACCAUCAGAGGACCAAUCUAGAUCAAUAGAAACACGAGAGAACACAUCCAGCACUGAUGACAGAGGAGGCUCUGACUCUGAUUGUGGUCUGGAGCAGGACUCUGAAUCUAUUUGCACUCAUGAAAGUGACUCAGAGUCAUCCUGCUGUGCAGA